CAAAAACAGCUCUCUGGUAGGUGUUUACGCUUAGCGUUUUCAUCCUACAAUGAGAUCACUGCCCAUUGUAGUACUUUCCCUCCUGAUUCUUGUCCUUGCUGCCCAUGUAUCCCAAGCCGAUGACAAGGGCUCUUCGGUUGGAAGUGGGAAGGAUUCCCAUGAUGGUGAUGAUCAUAAAUCAAAUGGUGUAGGGCCGGUGAAAAAACCAAAAUGCCCUAAGCCCGGACAUGGUCCGAAAAACCAUGACAAUGAUGGUCGAGGACCACCGGAAAAGGAGUGCGAUGAUGGAGAGACAACACCGUCAUCACCUGGGCCUUCCCCAGACCAAGGUAAUGGUUCGCCAUCACCACCGCCAUCCCCAUCUUAUUCACCACCCAUGACUCCAUCACCUCCACCUCCAUCAGAAACUAGUCCUCCUCCGCCUUCAUCAAGCCCCCCACCAACACCUUCAUCUAGUCCUUCUGUUACACCUCCAACCUACGAACCUAAUGAUCAAUCGCCACCGCCUCCAUUGAAUCCUUCGCCCAUUCCCCCACCACCUCCAUCUAGUGCGCCUGCGGCACCUCCAAUGAACCCGACUAAUGAUCAAUCUCCUCCACCAUCUCCUUCAUCUAGCCCCCCAACGAUAGCUCCAGUCACCCCACAAACACCUCCAUCUAGUCCCCCUGUUACGCCUCCAUCUUACGAACCUAACGAUCAAUCGCCACCACCUACAUUGAAUCCUCCGUCCAUUCCCUCACCACCUCCAUCAAGCCCAACUGUGGCACCUCCUAUGAACCCAACUAAUGAUCAGCCUCCUCCACCAUCGUCGUCAUCUAGCCCCCCACCAAUAGCUCCAACUACUCAGCCACCUCCCUCUAGCCCACCUGCUACACCUCCAUCAGACUCAACUGAUGAGGAAACUCCUACAUCACCACCAUCAUCUAGUCCACCAGUAAUAACACUAUCAAGCCCUCCACCACCGUCAUCGAGUACAGCACCGGCUCCAUCCAUUGCCACACCACCUUUGUCUAAUCCCCCUGCCACACCUCCAACGUACCAAGCUGAUAACCAAUCCCCUCCACCUCCACCAUCAUACAGUUCGCCACCGACAACAUUAGCUAGUCCUCCACCACCACCAUUGAGUCCACCAGCAAUAGCACCAACCACUAGCACACCUCCUCCAUCUACUUCCCCAUCGCCUAUGUACACUCCACCAGCAACACCUCCAACGGGCUCAACUGAUGAGCAAACUCCA